CCGACAGGAGAAACCAAAGACAUGGCAGGCAAGAAAUUCCAGGACCCAUUAGUAAUCAUGUGGCAAAUGCUGAAGGAACGUCUGCAGAGAAGACAAGAAAUGAAAGGAGAGCCUGUGCAGAAGGAAGCAUUUCCCAGAGGAAGCAGUGGUUCUGUGCCAGCCUCUGCUGCAGGAAGGGAGGCCAUGCCAGGCACAGACACAGGAGAUGAAGUUGCUGGGAAGGCUUCUCCAUCAGCUUGGAUGAAUAAAGUUUUGAAGCCCUUGGAGCCUCCUGCAGAUGUAUCUACAGGGAGGACUUCUCCAGCUUCUCCAGCUCCUACCUUGGAUGCUAUACGCAAGCCCAGCUCCCAUCACAGUGGUACUCCAACAGGGAAAGUCCAAGAUACAACAGAUAAGAUGUCCCUGCAACCAUCCAAACAGAUUAGGCAAGAGCUGAAGGCACCCCUGCAGACAAGAGAAGAGAUGAACAUAAUGCUUCAGUGGAAGUUGGCAUUUCUUGAAGGAAGCAAUCCAUCUUCGGUGCGAGCCCCAGCUGCAGGAAGGAAGGCAAUGCCAGACACGGGCACAGGCACAGCAGACUGGGAUGCUGGGAAUGAUUCUGCAUUAGCCUGGCGCUCUGAAGUUGUGAAGCCCUCCGAGCAUUCUGCAGAUGUGUCUGAAGGGACAACUCCACCAACUCCUACCUUGGAUGCUGCACAAAAGCCCAGCUCCCAUCACAGGGGUCCUACGACAGGAGAGACCAAAGACAUGGCAGGCAAGAAAUUCCAGGACCCAUUAGAAAUCAUGUGGCAAAUGCUGAAGGAACGUCUGCAGAGAAGGCAAGAAAUGAAAGGAGAGCCUGUGCAGAAGGAAGCAUUUCCCGGACGAAGCAGUGGCUCCAUGCCAGCCUCUGCUGCAGGAAGGGAGGCCAUGCCAGGCACAGGCACAGGAGAUGAGGUGUCUGGGAAGGCUUCUCCAUCAGCUUGGAUGAAUAAAGUUUUGAAGCCCUUGGAGCCUCCUGCAGAUGUAUCUACAGGGAGGACUUCUCCAGCUUCUCCAGCUCCUACCUUGGAUGCUAUACGCAAGCCCAGCUCCCAUCACAGUGGUACUCCAACAGGGAAAGUCCAAGAUACAACAGAUAAGAUGUCCCUGCAACCAUCCAAACAGAUUAGGCAAGAGCUGAAGGCACCCCUGCAGACAAGAGAAGAGAUGGACAUAAUGCUUCAGUGGAAGUUGGCAUUUCCUGAAGGAAGCACUCCAUCUUCGGUGCGAGCCCCAGAUGCAGGAAGGAAGGCAAUGCCAGACACGGGCACAGGCACAGCAGACUGGGAUGCUGGGAAUGAUUCUGCAUUAGCCUGGCGCUCUGAAGUUGUGAAGCCCUCCGAGCAUUCUGCAGAUGUGUCUGCAGGGACGACUUCACCAACUCCUACCCUGGAUGCUGCACAAAAGCCCAGCUCCUAUGGCAGGGGUCCUACGACAGGAGAAACCAAAGACAUGGCCGGCAAGAAAUUCCAGGACCCAUUAGAAAUCAUGUGGCAAAUGCUGAAGGAAUGUCUGCAGAGAAGACAAGAAAUCAAAGGAGAGCCUGUGCAGAAGGAAGCAUUUCCCAGAGGAAGCAGUGGUUCUGUGCCAGCCUCUGCUGCAGGAAGGGAGGCCAUGCCAGGCACAGACACAGGAGAUGAGGUUGCUGGGAAGGCUUCUCCAUCAGCUUGGAUGAAUAAAGUUUUGAAGCCCUUGGAGCCUCCUGCAGAUGUAUCUACAGGGAGGACUUCUCCAGCUUCUCCAGCUCCUACCUUGGAUGCUAUACGCAAGCCCAGCUCCCAUCACAGUGGUACUCCAACAGGGAAAGUCCAAGAUACAACAGAUAAGAUGUCCCUGCAACCAUCCAAACAGAUGAGGCAAGAGCUGAAGGAACCCCUGCAGACAAGAGAAGAGAUGGACAUAGUGCUUCAGUGGAAGUUGGCAUUUCUUGAAGGAAGCACUCCAUCUUCGGUGCCAGCCCCUGCUGCAGGAAAGAAGGCAAUGCCAGACACGGGCACAGGCACAGACGACUGGGAGGCUGAGAAGGAUUCUCCAUUAGCCUGGCGCUCAGAAGUUGUGCAGCCCUCCGAGCAUUCUGCAGCCGUGUCUGAAGGGACAACUCCAUCAACUCCUACCUUGGAUGCUGCACAAAAGCCCACCUCCCAUCACAGGAGUCCUACGACAGGAGAGACCAAAGACAUGGCAGGCAAGAAAUUCCAGGACCCAUUAGAAAUCAUGUGGCAAAUGCUGAAGGAAUGUCUGCAGAGAAGACAAGAAAUGAAAGGAGAGCCUGUCCAGAUGGAAGCAUUUCCCAGAGGAAGCAGUGGUUCCAUGCCAGCCUCGGCUGCAGGAAGGGAGGCCAUGCCAGGCACAGACACAGGAGACGGGAAUCGUGACAUGGGUUUUCAGGAAGUCCUGAUGAAGGAUGGUUUGAAGUUCCUGGAGGAUGCUGGAGCUGAACCUGCUGGUGAAGGUCCCACAUCCAGGACUGAGGCUCAGGGAGAUGCUGAGGGUGUGUCUGCAGGGAGGACUUCUCAAGCUCCAGGGUUGGAUGCUUGGCCCCAACCCAGCUCCCAUGGCAGGGGUCCUCCAAAAGGAAAGACCCAAGAUACUGCAGCCAAAAAGUCUCAUGACUCAGAUGAAUUCCUGAGACAAACACAGAAGGAAGCACCUGGAGGACAAGUGAUGGACCAAAAGGCUGUUCAGGAGGAGGAACACUCAGGGAGAAGCAGUGGCUCAUUGGCAGCCCCUGCUGCGGGAAGGAAGGCGAUGCCAGACACGGGCACAGGCACAGCAGAUGCAGCCAGCACCACAAGACCUGUUACCCAUGCCCAGGAUGGCCUCAGAUGGGGUUUCUGUCAGGGAACAGUCUGCUGGCUAGGGUUACUGGCAGGCGUCCUUUAUUUGGAGCUUGUCUUCAUGUUCUGCUGCUUUGGAAUCUGGUAUUCUUGGAACAGAGAACAGAGCACCUCGGGACAGGAGUUGGAAGACGGUGGCUGCACCUCACACCCAGACAGCGUGAGCAGCUUCUCCAGCAGCAGUAACGGCCUGGACAGCCCUCUCAAGUGUUCUGUGAAGAGGACCCCAGAACAACCGUCAACAAGGAAGUCUCUUAUUGCCCUGUAGAUCCCACUGCCACCUGCUCUCCCCAUGGGCCUCCCCAAGCUGCCUUCAUUCCUUUUUUUCUCUCUGUCUGUCCCAU